AUGGAGACCGACUUUACGGACCCAAGUCACGAAUGGUGGGCCCGGCCAUCGGACGGCUGCUUGGUUCCUCUGGUGCUUCAGAGCGGCCAAGAGCCAGAGGUUCUGCCCGAGACAUCGAGAUGGUCGCGCCUGGGAAAGCCGUCGUCCCGAGUCUCGCCACUUUUGCGCGUUUCUUACUGGGCCGGCUCAUCUUUGUUUGUUCCUGGCACAAGAACAUACAACAUUAGCCCCCACACCCUGGCGUUGACAGCGCUGAAGCUGCUCAUGGCUUGGCCGAUACUUUGCAUGCUGGUUUCCUGGGCGGGUGAUUUUGGGACGACCGCACAGCAGCUUAUCGAUGCUCGCAACAAAAAGGACUCACGUUACGACAACGUACACGUUCUUUCGGAGGUGGGCAAUGCCCCGAAGAGAUUGUUCUCAAAUCGACUCGUGGUAGAUCAUGAUGACGCCUUGCUUCCUGGUCCUUUGCAAGAACCAGGGGCUCCGCCGUCUGAACAGCCGUAUACCGACAACAUCAGGUUGAGCGGGUCUCUGCCGCCUUCGGGGCUACGGCCCGUCAAUAGCUCACCAAUUUCUCUUCGUCCAAGGUACCUAUGCUUCGUUAAAGACUUUGAGAAAGGCAUUUACGAGACAGUCAAAGUUUCCGAGUACCUCGAUCAGCACGGCGACGACGUAGAUUUAGAAUUCGUCUUCGUUUCCUACACACGGCUGCAAUUCAGAGUGGCUACCGAGGAGGAACUCAACAAGCAUGACUACCCAGAUGAAGCUACCAGGGACGCUAACAAAAAAGUCGCACGAAAAGACCGAGAGAUCUUGGCCAAAUGGGGCAUGGACGCCGCGAAGAGGGUGGGAAAGAGGGCAUUCUGGCUAGACUUUGAGUGCGUCAGGAACGACGACGGCAUCGCACGAUCGACGAGCAGCAGCCAGGACGUCUACCGAAUCUGCGACAUUGUUCGUGCGGCCCAUUCCAUGAUCAUCGCCAUCGGACCAUCAGCCAACGACAAGGUCACAGCAAUCCUUGCUAGUUCUGGACCCCCUACGUAUAAGCGCGAGAACGUGACCCCUUGGCUACGGCAGUGGGGAUCCCGCCUGUGGACGCUGCCGGAACUUCUGCUUUGCCCCGCGGAAUAUCGCAUACGACUCUACGUGUUUGGAGAUCCCGCGGAACCCAAAGAAGUGGCCAAACGGAACUUUGCUGAGCGAGCGUGGGACGACGCAGAGGCCGUGAAGGAACUCGUGGACCACUUUGAAGGAUCCGCAAUCCUAACCGACCUCCGGCUCAUCGAGGCUGCUCUCGCCUGUUUCUCAAGGCGUCAGACGGACCAAUUCAGCCAGGGCGACAUCGCUUAUGCGACCAUGGGUCUCUUCCCUAACCGCCAUCGGCCUCCAGUGAACAAGGAAGACUCCGGAUUCCAGGCCUUUGCCAAGCUCUCCAUUGCCAAUGACAGUGGAGCCUUUCUGAGCAGGUUGAUAUCCCUCUCUCCACGAGACGGGGCGCCAUGGCACCAGGUAGAGGAUACCUGGGGUGCUAGGCUCAGUGAAAUCUCUCCAAGUGUCAGUAUCUCUGGCGUGGUUGGCUCCGACAUAGUCAUGCUGGACAGGGUCCAUGGUGCGACGAUCCAUUGGGACAAUCUCGAGCCAGAGCCUUGUUUCGACCGGAGCUUCAAUAUGCACUAUCUCACCUUUAUCGGCACAUGCUACUUCUUUUCCUUCUCCAUCCCAAUGGCGUUCUCUCUUUUUAUUGGUCUUGCCAGCAUAUUGUCCUCGAGCGCCAUGCGAAUAACAGUCUGGAGAGUCUAUGCGUAUGGCCUUCCUCUGGCCGGGGUCUUUGCCAUCUUGUUCCCGUUAGUUUUGAUCUCGACGCGAGGAAGGAUCAAACAGCCUAUCAAAACCCGGCUCAUCGGCAUAGAGGGUAUUGUCGACUCUGCAAGCAUCGAGAAGCACCUAUGGGGUUUCAACCACGGAAAUCUCACCUCUACAAACCCGCAACAAUAUAGCGAUGAAGGUGAUCUCCGAGAACCCCAAACAUCGAUACCGUCCCCCGGUCCUCCAUGUGGAAGCGGCAGUUUCGCCUUCACUCUGGUGGAUACACACUUGAUGACGGUGACGCACUUCCACUGCCGUCUGCCCCCGGUCGCCAUACUCGAAUGUGGUUCUGAAGGCGGUUUGCAGCGAACGCUCCUCUGCUCAUACGACUGGCGGACAAACACCUUCCACAGACAAGCUGUUCUGAGAGUGCAUCGUCGGGGGUUUGAGCAAUUGCAUCGGAUUGAUCAGGUUCGAUUGUCAUUGGUACCCCACCCUCAACUUAACGAGCAGACCCCUGACACCAUGCACGAUGCAUCGUCAUCCUCUCUCCGUAGUAUCAAUUUGGACCUCUUACGAGCACAGAACAGCGUGACGAAGACUCCUAAUCUCGUUGAGGGUUGUCGCUCGUGGAAGACGGAGUUUCUGUUUUUCGCAAUAUGCCUUGCCGGACUGAACACACUCGGCCCAACUGAUUCUACCAAGGCGAACGCAUCCUUCAUCUUUCACGUGUGUUUCCUCGUGGGUCAAGUGCCAGGCUUCAUCCUGUUGCUGUACUUGCCACUCAACCAAGUUUCCAUCUGCACUUUCGCAGCGAACGUCCUCGUCAGAAUUGCCAGAGGCGGUGGGUUGGGUAGCGAUACUGCCAUGCUACUUUCCGUGGUCCACGGUCUCCUGAAGGGCUGUCUCGCGUUGACGCUCAUCAAGUACAUGGCAUCAUGGUACCCAAUCAAGGAGUUACCACUGCGUUUCCUCUUUUGGAAGGUCGCCAGUGCAGGGCUGAUUAGCUUGCUUGGUUAUUUGCCGACUCUCACCUUUCAUGACAUUUCCUUCGCUCUCGACAUCAACGGCGUCAUCUUUUUCGCCAACAUCAUCUUGCUCUAUUCCACCAUACAGUUUGGCUUCUCGAAUGUUCUUGGGGGGCCUAAGGACGUUACUUGGCUCACUCCGUACCAAAAACUCUACUACUCCCGGCAUGCGGCUGCUGAGUCGUUCUAUGCCAAAGAAGCAGGUGCUGUUCGGUGGAUUCACCAGCAAUCACUCUCCAAGGCUUUACAGUCAUUUCUGGUCUUGGCCAUUGCCCUGACGACAUCUCUCAGCUCCCUGGGGGGUGUCGUCCACGAAGACCCGGUCAGCGGUACGGGCGCUGUGCUUUUAAGUAUCCUCGCUGGCCUCUUGAUCUACAAAUUGCCAUCGAUGCUUUUCGUCGUCCUUGUCUCGCUUGCGGCAAUAUCAGGCCUCUGGAGUGUCGUUGUCGUUUCCAACUUCAGCUUCGACGAAGCUGUUCUUUGGGCCUUCAUCGUCUGCCAAUCGCCGACGUGGCCCGGAGCGCUGGGCCUAGUGGCCUUAUCGUGGAUAGGCUGGGCAGCCGGUCAAAUCAUCAAGAAUUACACGGACAAGGUCUUAACUCUUGCAGCUCAACUGCCUUUACUCAUUGGUCAGAUUAUACUUUGGGCGCUGUUGUGGGCUUUGCGUGGACGUGAGAGUAGAGUCAGACUGCCUGAACAGCCACAGGGCGUUUUUGCGGCGACGGAUAGAAACAUUGAGGAUCAAGACAUUGAGACGAGAGAAUAG